AUGCUGGUGAACAGGAGUUUGAAGCGGCUCCUGCAGCUGGUGCCCGGCAAGCAGCGCUUCGGCGCCUACCGCUUCCUACCCUUCUUCUUCCUGCUGGGGGGAGCCAUGGAGUGGUUCAUGAUCAACGUCCGUGUGGGCCAGGAGACCUUCUAUGACGUUUACCGUAGGAAACAGUCUGAAAGACGGUAUCAGGCGAGGAUGGACAAAACUGAAUUUUAGGUGAAACAUUUCAAAGCAGAUGUCCUG